AUGAGGACGUUGAUGGUGACCGACGGGACGCUGGGCAGCGUGCGCGCAAUGGUGGCACUCGGCUGCGGCCUGGUGAAGCGAGGCCACAAGCCGGUGCUGGUGGCGUGCCCCGCCCGCUUUCGUGCGCUGGUCGAGGACUACGGCCUCCGCUGGACCGCCUUCAACCCCGCACCCCUCGCCCCCUCCCGCUCCUUCCUCACGUUUGCGGAGGCGCUGGAGGAGGUGUGCAGGCGCGAGGGGAUCGACCAAACGAGGGACUCGACGGCGACGCAGCAGCGCACCUGCAUCGUCGGCGAACACUCGAGCCUCCACGCCGCCUACUCGUUGGCGGAGAAAUUUGCCAUCUGCUGGGUGGGGGUCUUCUUCGCGCCCGUGUCGCCCACCGACGCCCACCCUAGCACGGCCUUCACCGCCUGCCCCAACGCCUCGUCGUCGUCGUCCUCGCCCACUUCCGCCCCCGCCGCCCUCCGUCUGCCCCUGCUGCCCGGCGGCCUCGCGCUGCCCCACCGCCGGUGGAUGAACAAGUGGUCCCACCUGCUGGCCCUCGCCCUCGAGUGGCGGUCGGCCCGCGACGCAGUCAACGCGUGGCGCGAGGCCCGGCUCAAGCUGCCGCCCAUCCCCAACGCGCUGGGCGUGCUGCCGCUGAUCAAGCGCCAGACGCUGCCCGUCGUGCACCCGCUCCACCCGGCCUUCUUCGCCAAGCCGCACGACUGGGCGGCCGAGCUCAAGGUCCCGGCGUUCCUCUUCCUGCCGGACAAGCCCGCUCCGGCCCCGUUCCUCUCCUCCGACCUGCGCCUCGAGCUCGCCGCCGACAAGGACAACACCACCCCGUCAUCGUCAGCUGUGGAGUCGGCGACGUGGGAGAAGAAGGAAGACGAGAGCGCGAAGGAGGAGGAGCAGCGGCUGGAGCGGUUCCUAAAGUCCUCCUCCACCACUGAGGCGGAGGGCGCAGUGCGGCCCCUCUUCUUCGCCUGCGGCGGGCUGGUCGACAGCCAGUCCUCCGCUCGGGCGGUGCUCGACGUGGCGGCCCGACUGGCCGACAAGACGCGACGGCAGGUGGUCCUCUUCAUUCGAGACGAGGACGGGCCGGCCAAGGUACAGCCGGCCGGUGGGGCCGACGGCGAGGGGCCAACGUCGACGGACGCAGCAGCAGCGAUGACGGAAGACGGCGACGGCGUGGUGGACGUGCACCCCGGGUGGGCCGAGCUGAUCUACGCGCCCGGGGCCAUCCCAGACUCGCUGUGCGUGGUGUCUCGCCUCAGCUACGCCUCCAUCCUGCCCAAGUGCAGCUGCGCCGUUAUCGACGGCGGUCACGCCAUCACCGCGGCGACCAUUCGAGCCGGUGUGCCGCUGGUCUGUGUGCCGAUUGACGAUCGCGUGUCCUGGUUCUGGGCCAACCGCGCCCACGAAAUCGGCAUCGCGCCGCAGCCCAUUGCCCGCACGCAGCUCACCGCCGACGCCCUCCUCCAGGCCAUCGACCGCGCCACCUCGGCCCAAACCACACAGAGCCACAGGCUGCGGGAGCUGAGCGCAAAGGUCAACGCCGAUGGUGACGGCGUGCGCAAGGUGGUGGACGCGUUCGAGCGCGUGUGCAUCACCAGCAUAGGGCUCGUGCCCACCUCCGACUACGCCGACGUGUCGACGGCCUCGGCGCUCUGGCAAGAGCUCACCACCACGGAGAUGGGCGUAGCUCUGGGGGUCGCCACUGGGCUCGCCCUCUUGAUCUGGCUCCUGCUCAAGCUUCUCUUCCUUCUUUUCCUGUGA